AUGUCGGGCACUUCGGUCAUUCCCCCACGAGGUGGCGCUGUCACCGGGCUCGGCAUGAACUCGACUGCCCCUCGUUCGGCAGAGUCUGCGAUUUUGUUUGAGACCGAGUCUGAAUGGCUUUUAAUUCAGCUGACAACGGAGCUUGAAUACGUGAACGUCUCCCUUGGAGGGAAGAGGCUUGGGCCCCAAGGAAGUUCUUUUCCUGCUAAUGUAAAGAGAGAAAUCUCCUGGGGAGAGGGCAAGGGGAAUAAAAGGUUGCUUUUUUCCUCAUUGCCUUUCUUUCCCAAGAUUUUUGGAGUGGAGUGGCAGCCCUUCAGCAGAAGCCAGUAUGUGGUGAGGGACAGCCUGCUGCAGUCAGUCCUGGCAGAGGAAAGCCACGUGGUGGCUCCAGCCCUGAGAUCCCGCUCCGGCAUCAAAAUCAGUUCAAGGCAGCAGCUCCAGCUGGUGUCUCCUGCAGUGCCUGGGCUGGCAGAGGCAUCUGGACAAAGCCUUGAGAAUGUGCUGGCUGGCACAGGGGCACAGCCCCAGCCCCUGGGCAUGGCCAGCCUGCCCUUCAGGAGGGUCUGCACGCACUGCCCGUCGCUGAGAGCCUUCCUGAAGGCGUUUGACAGGCAGAGAGUCAGAACAGACACCUCGAGGGUGGCGACAGCCUGGCAGUUCCAGAGGUUCAUCCAGAUGCUGCGCAGCGCCAAGAAGAGGGAUGUGCUGCAGCUGCUGAGGAGAGCCCCCGAGGAGGCACGCCCCUUCCUGGUGGAGGCAGCGGUGGCCACACAAUCGGUGGCUUCCUUGGCAGCGCUCUCAGAUUUCCUGGAUUUCAGCCAGGAGCCCAAAUCCAUCCUGGAGAAGUUUCUCUAUGCAGCAGCUUUCUCUCCCCAGCCUUCAGGAGAGCUUCUCCAGUUCGUCCUGGACAAGCUGGAUGGGAAGCAGCUGGCACCUGAGAUCUGGGAGACAGGAAUAGUUGCUGUGGGCUCUCUGGUGGGCAAGCUGUGCCAGCAGAAGCUCUGUGGGCUGCAGGAGCAGUGCCUGGCCACAGGGAGCUCUGCCUUUUCCAUCUUCCAGGUCAUUCCUCUGCAGUCUGGCCUCCAAGUGACCGUCAAACUCCAGGGUGGGCUGGGGCUGGACAUCUCAGCUGACAUGGACGUGAGCAUUUGGGAGCAAGAACUGAAAACCAGCAUCAAUGCCAGGGGAAGCCUUGCCAUGGAUUUCCAGGCAGAACUGGAUUCCCCUUUGCUCCAAGCCACCCUGAGGAGCCAGACAGAGGUGGAGACCUCCAUCCACUUUGACACCCAGCUGAGGUUUUCCAGCAGCCCCGUGCUCAUGUGCCUGCAGCUGAGAGAGGAGCAGGUCCCAUACAG